AUGAGGUUCUUCAUCGAUGAUGUGGAGGUGAUCUUCCCCUAUUCAUACAUCUACCCGGAGCAGGCCCAGUACAUGCACAUGCUGAAGCGCACUCUGGACCAGCGCCGACUGGACCCGGAGGGCGGGGAUCAGCCAGUGCAUGUGGGUGGCAAUGGCGGCCAGCCUGGCGCCCACGCCCUGCUCGAAAUGCCCUCCGGCACGGGCAAGACCGUGACCCUGCUUUCUUUCCUGGUGUCCUAUCAGGCGCACUACCCCCUGACGACACCGACGAUUGUGUACUGCACGCGAACCAUCCCCGAAGUGGAGAAGACCCUGCACGAGCUGCGCACCUUGAUGGCCUACCGGGCGGAGAUUCUGCGCGAGGAGGGGGGCGAUCCUCUUCAGACGGCGGACGCCCUGCCGAUCGGGGCCCCGGCCACGCUGGGUCGAUUUACGGCCGUUGGUCUCACUUCGCGACGGAACCUUUGCAUCCAUCCGAAGGUUGUUGCCGUGGCGGCUGCGGCCCCGGCGGCCGUGGUGGACGCGCGAUGCGCCUCGCGCGUGGCUCCGUGGGUCCGGCGUCGACAUGCCCAGUGGGAAGCUCGGCGCCGCACGCAGCCCCCUCCCAUCGAGGGGGAGCCCACGCGCGACAUCGAGGAGGAGCCGCCCUCCUGCGUCUACUACGAGAACUUGGCUGCCUUGGCCGAGGCCGGGCAGGCACACCCGGGUCCUGGGGUACACUCGCUUGAGGACCUGCUGACCAAGGGCCGUGAGCGCCGAGCAUGCCCGUACUAUACGGCUCGGGGAAUGAUUGCCCAUGCUUCGAUCAUCGUCCACUCGUAUGCGUACCUGAUUGAUCCGCGUGCAUCGGCGCCGGUGACGUCGCAAUUGCCCAGCUCGGCGAUCGUCGUCCUGGAUGAGGCCCACAACUUGGAUUCCUCAUGCACCGGCGUCCUUAGCGUGGACAUCACGCGCGAAACGCUCGACCGAAGUGUCGAGGCCAUCACCGCACUGGAGACCCGGGUGUCAGAGUGCGUGGCCGGGCCGGCUGGGACCUUCGGUCCGGCGGGCGAGUAA